UCUUCCUCCUCACCCCUAAAUCAUCACCACCACCAUAAAUCCCUCUUAAUUCAGCACAAAAUCCAAAUUCUUAUCUUCACAACAAACAACAGCAAUCACCAGAAAUUCUCCUUCAUAACUGCUCCAAUUUCUGUUUCAUUCAUCCGAUUUGAAGCUAGCAGAUAAUCUUAAUCACACUGCGCAGUAAAAUACUGAAAAACAAUGUCGAGAAAAGGAGGAGCCGCCCUGCAAAACGAUGUGCCGUGGAGAGCAGCAUCCUCUGCUGUUAAGCCCAUUCCAAAAAUUCAUCAUUCUCCCGUUCUUCGGCUCCAGCAGACUCCUUAUUCCAAUUAUGCCCUCUUUAUUAUGAAGCACGAAGAUCCGAUCGGGAGUGGGCUAGGGAAAGGGGCUGUGGUUGAAGCUGCUGGGCCAGACUGCAUCGUGCCUGGACAAGUUACACCUGUCAAAUUACUUGGUCUUAAGGUAUGGCCCAUUGAAGUGGACUUGAAGUUUAUGGAACCGGUCGGCCGGGAACUUAAAGCAAUUGGAAAGUUCAUGGAUUCAGCAGUAAAUCUUAUGAACAAGUCGUUUGCUGAGAGCGACCGAUAUUGAAUAUGCAACGAUUGCUUGCCUCUACAUGCGGAUGACUCUUAUCAACUAGACUAUAUGAAGAGAUUCUUCUUCUCUCUCUUUUUUUUUUUUUUUUUUUUUAAAAUCAUAUGUAAAAGUUCAUUUUUACUGUCCAAAGAAAGUUGUUUUAAGUUUUAACAGUCUGAACUGAAGUAUAUACAUUUGAAGAGUACUACCGAAUGGCGAUCAUCGAGAUUUGAGAGUAUAUUCAAACCAAAAUAGUAAUUCACUUUCUUUUUUCGCGA